AUGUCGCUGGCGGCAGGGACCCGAGUGUACAUCUGCUAUGAUCUACCGCCGCCUGAGCUUUGGCACGAGCGUUUGGUCCUGGCUUCAUGUGCAUGCGGACGCGGGUGGCACAUCGUUUUAACUCCAGACUUUGAUGUCUUUCCGGAGCACAUCAGCCUGGAGAACGAUGACAUAUCAGGCUUCCGUGUGGGAAGAGCUCUCCAGCUUCCUGCCGGGCUUGAUGAUAGCAACACCUAUCGUUUCCGCAACAUGCCCGCAGGCGAAGAGAUGACCCAGAUGCGACUGGAUGCACAACAUGCCGCCGCAGCGCUUGCCUUUCCACCCGGCGCAGGGCCCGGACUGGCAGCCCCUCCUGCAGCUGCACCCGCCGGUGCUCCUGCUAGUGCUGCGUCAGCUGGUGGCAAGUGGGUGUGCAUCGAGAGCACAGAGCAUCGUCUGAGGGGCGAUAUCGUGUCAUUGGAUGGAUCCGAGAUCGUGCAAGGGGACCUUGCCUUGAAACCAGACGGUGGCUCAUGGAUCGCAAUCCGCAGGAUGGGGGAUGACGAUAUCUCCAAGUACAAGGGCAAGGAGGCGGCCGCUGAUGCCCGACUCUUGGGGAUUUCUUUCCAGGGCCUUCAACGCGAUGAGCGCUUGUGGCGAGAUGUUUCGAAAGAGACGCAUGCGGAGGAGUUUGCUGACUGGAACGUGCCUGGUCCGCGGACUGCCGCGUGGUGUGUGCGCUUUCUGAACCGCAGAAACGGAGGACCGAUGGAUCAUCAUCGUUGGUGGAUGACGAAUCACGGGCUGCAAGCGGAUGCAUGGGGAGCUACAGAGCACGAAAACCUCAUGAAGAUCUUGGAUCGGCUGGGGCGCUUUGAUGGCCUUGAUCUUUCCAACCUGGCGGGAGCCGAGUUAGCCUUCCGCCGACUUCAGCUCAUCGAGUACUUCUACUCCGAUCGGGGCCCUGGCGGCGGAAAGGGCUCAGGCAAGAAUAAGGAGAAAAAGGUCGAUGAAGCCUACAAGGCGGAAGCUGCGGUCUUCACUGGGACGCAUCGCGAGUUCGGAGACACGAUGGUGGCACCAGAGCUUUUGGAUUACGUAUCCAAAGAAGUCGAGAAGGAUGCAUCGGUCAUGAAGCAGGGGUGGGUGCGUGACAUUGUGACUAGUCUCAACAGCAUGUAUGCUGGGGACGAAUUCGUAGGCGAACCUGCUAGCCUUGCACCCUUCAACAGGGAGCUUGUCUCCCUUCCUCCGGUUGGUGGUAGUCCUUCGUCUUUGACUGCCAUCUUAGGGCCGGAGGCUGAGAGCGUAGUGAAGGUGCUGCGCCAGAAGAUGGUAUCUCCAAACGAAGCGGGCGAUUUUAAGAGAGAGGCCGGUUUGAAAGCCCCUUAUUUUGAUCCGAAGCUGAAGCAUUGCAGAGUGAGCUAUGUGCAGUUUUUAAGACGGCUUGAAGCAGCUGGACUCGUGGAGUACCGGCUCCACGUGCGUGAGCAGGUGGGCCUCUUCUGUGUGUGGAAGAAGUCGGGCAAACAGCGUCUCAUAGUAGACGCUCGAUUGUCAAACUGUUGGUUCGGAGCAUCCUCGAAGGUGUCUCUGGCCACUGGUGCUUCGUUUGCAGCGCUGGACGUGGAUCCAGGACCACCGAUAGAGGUGGGUGGUGUCGACAUAGCUGAUGCUUUCUACCAGAUCGAACUGCCCACUGAAUUUCGAGACCUUUUUGGAUUGCGACCUGUGCAAUCAGGAGAAGUUGACUUGUGGACGCUGGGCGGUCGCCCGGUGUCGCCCACCCAGAAAGUUUUUCCAGUAUUCAAAGCCGUGCCCAUGGGAUGGACACAUGCGUUGUGGAUUUGCCAGCAAUGCCACGAACACGUUGUGAACAGUAUCCCUAAGCUACCUGCUUCUCUUCGGCUCGUAGACGGCAAGCCUGCCCCGCACAUGAGGCCUUUCGUGCACACGGAGUAUGUCGACAACUUCGUCGCGCUUUCUCAACGCCAGGGCCUCGUGAAAGAGCUCGCUACUGAAGUACAGGGAGCUUUGCAAGAGCGUGGGCUUCCGACGCACGAGGUUGAAGCAGCGGUGGGUGGCGACACGCUAGGCUGGCACUUCAGUGACACAAGCCCGACGGUGACUGUGACUACACGACGCCUGUGGAAACUGAGGCUGGCCACUGACGAGCUUCUCGCAAGAGGCUGGGCCACAGGACAACUGCUGGAAAAGUUCAUCGGUCAUUUCACUUUUGCGGGCUUGCUACGUCGAGAAUACUUGAGCAUUUUUCAAGCUUGUUAUUGCUUUAUUCGCAAGUGCUACAAGAGACAUUCUCGGCUAUGGCCCCAAGUGCGUCGUGAGCUUUUCUGGGCGAGGUCGUUGCUUCCACUACUACAGCGUGACCUUUCAGCGCCUUGGAGCAAAGAAGUCUAUGCCACAGAUGCCUCAACCUGGGGCCGCGGCGUGGCAGUGAGCACCCAUGAGAUCCAGUCUGUUCGUGAAGUAGGACACGUGUGUGAUCGCUGGAGGUUCAGUCGAGAGCAAGAGGCGGCGACUUUGGUCCCUGAGAAGCACGGUGCAGGCUCGUGUUUGGACAUUCUGGAACUGGAGACUCUGCGAGCCCAAUGCCCCACAGUCCCUGUACCUGAGAUACCGCUAUCUUUCCUGGAUUGUGAGUGGAAAAAGGUUAGCAGUGGGCAGUGGCAGCGCCAGGAGCCCAUCGCCAUUCUUGAAGGGCGAGCAAUCGUCUGGACCUUGCAGCAUCUCGCUAGAGCUCAGAGAAACCACGGAGCACGACAUGUUGUCCUGAGCGAUAGCAUGACGUCGGUGUUGGCCCUGAGCAAAGGCGCCAAGGAUGGCGCUCACAAGCUGUCGCCUUCUACUUCCCGCGCGGUGCAGCAGGAGAAGAUGCCAGUGCUCUCAGGAAAGCAGAUCAAGGAGCAAAAGGCUGCCAGCCGCAAGCGGAAACACGCAGACAGCACCCCACUGGCGCAGUCCAACGUCAAGGAGCCCUGUUUCCUGGAGCGGCAGGCGGUGACCCCGAGCCGAGAGCAGUCGUACGCUCGGGCUUGGGCAGGUUUCCUACAGUUCGUGAAGACACACCGCUUGAAGAUAAACACGGUGCCGGAUCUCGAUGCAGCAGUGGCUUGGGCCAUAAACGAGCAGUUCUUCGAGGGCGACAGCUUGGCUACUCCCCAGACCCUGUUGGCCGCAGUCAAGUACCAUCGCCAAGAUGUGGCAAAGGUGGCCGUCCUGACUCGGGCCGGUCAAGCACUUCGUGGGUUCAGGCGUCUGGCACCCUCGCAAGCUCGGACUCCCCUGCCUUACCCGAUGCUGGCUUUCAUGAUGAUCCAAACUGUACUGGCCGGGGAGUACUGGGUUGCCUUUUGGAUGGCGCUGACAUGGGCAGUCAGUUGCCGACCGGGAGAAACCUUGAAGCUUGCCGUGAAGCACAUAGUGAGCCCAAACAAGCUUUGUCGUCACUACAGCCUGCUCUUGUCCCCGUCCGGGCCCAUGGAUCUGUGUUUGCCCUCAAAAACAGGCGACAUGGACGAGAAUCUCUUGAUCGAUCAGCCAUACCUGCAGUGGGUUGGGCAGAUCCUGGGCCGGAUGAAGAGCCGCAUGCAGGCAGAUCAGCCUUUGUUCCACUUCGACGUGGGGCACGCAGGACAGGUGUUCAAAAACAUCGCCGUCGCUGCUGGCUAUCAGCCUCUUGGAGUGGUACACUCGUACCAGAUCCGCCACGGUGCAGCCAGCACAGAUGCGCUCACGGGCCUACGCACCAUGGAAGAAAUCGCCAAGAGAGGUCGAUGGCGUUGCCUCUCCAGUGUGCGCAGGUACGAGCAAGGCGGCAAGCUUGCACAGAUUUUUGGACAGCUUUCCGAGGUGCAGCAAAACGAGGCGCUCCGGGCCGAAAAGCAGGUGGGGCAUGUCAUGACGAGCCGGUUCAUCGAGUUCUUUCCGCCGGGCCGCUCUUUGUCCUAG